AGAAAAUCAUUGCAAAACAAUUAACUUCAAUUUGAUUAUGUCCAUCUCUACAAGUUACAUUAUAAGUAAUUUUCUCUGUUGUUUUCAGUAUUUACUACCAUAGUAGGUAGUACUAUUUAUCUAAUCUUAGGAGUUCAUUUAUCUAAUAUGGACUGAAAUACCUUAACUAAUAAAAUGAAGUGUUGUGUGCCUUCUUGUACUAAUGGCUUAAAAGCAGACUCGAAAAACACUCAAAAAGUUACCUUUCACAAGGUUCCAAAAGAGAAAUACUGUCGAGUAGCCUGGUUCGCAGCCCUAGGCAUAGAAGAGAGUGAACUACCUGGAAUCCCCAGUGGUAUGCUCCCUACAUUUCAAAGACUCCAACUUCUAUAACGGCAAGAAUGGUUCGAAGAUAGUGCAAAAGGGGGCUGUGCCCUUUGUACAGGUGUGUAUGAUAUGCCUGGAUACAAAUUGUAAACUUUACCCACUGAGCAAGUAUAACCUGGAGCAAGCGUAUGAAAUAUUGACAGGUCUUCAAUUGCAACAAACGGUGCCGUAUUUGACACCGGCAGCCUGCUCGGAGUGUGCUCAGCGCCUCACCAACUGCAGCCAGUUCCGACACAAGAGUCUGAGAGCACAUGUGCUGUUAUUUGAGCUAUUUAAACAGCACGAAGUGUUAACAGUACCAAAAAUAAGAACUAUAAGUCGACACGACCAAGGACUGGCGUCUAAAAUAACACAAAAGUUUUUCAAACCCAACCAUUGUGACCUAAAUGUUGUCGACAGUUCAUCCGUAGAAAUAGAAAUAGACAACGUAGAGACAAAAUCCAUAGUCAAGGUAGAAAAACAAGAUGAAAUAGUAUUUGCUUUUGAACGUAAAGAAAACGAUAGUUUUACAGAACUAGCAGUCCACGGUAUCAAAAAUGAUUUGAAUGAAGACAUUGAUAUUGAUGUAGAUAUUUUGAACGAUGACAACAAUGUAGAUUUUUUGAACAAUGACACUGAUGAUGACGGAUUUUUGGAUGAAAAUUUGACUGCUUUGAAUGAUAAAGAACUAAAUGUCAGUAAUUUGGCAGGUGUUGGGGUUGAAUCUGUUACCAAAGUUGAAACUGAUAAAGGUAUUAAUGAGAAUGUACCAAAAACAGUCGUUAAUAACAUUAAAAAGACAAGAAAAGUUAAUCCGGUUGGAACUAAGACUGUUCGUAAGAGAACCCGGGCUGUUAAAAGAAACGUUACAAAAAAAGUUGACGAAUCUAAACCUAAAAGAGCAUCGAGGUCCAAAAAAUCUGGUGCUCCAAAAUUAGUAAGAAAUGCCAGAAACAAAUUGAGUAUAUUUGAUACAACUCAAUUGACACUUGAAGAGCAGAAAUCAACAAGAGGAAGGAAUCUAGUAACUAUAAGAAUUCUGGUUUUCAGUGCGAUGUAUGCUAUAAGGGGUUUAUUACUGAAAUUACUUAUACUCGACAUAUGAAGAAGCAUACCAAGGCGUUCGGCACGCUGGAGUGCCCGGUGUGCAAGCAGUACUGGGGCGACAAGUACGCGCUGCACAAGCACAGCAAGUCGCACGCGACGCGCUACACGUGCACGCUGUGCGGCUACACCACCAUGACCAACGAGUCUGCGCGAAUGCACGAAAACUGGCACAAGGGCACCCGGUACAAGUGUGACCACUGUGACGCUGAAUUCAUAAAGUACACGUCAUACAUGACGCACUUGCGUGUGAAGCACCCUUCAGACCACAUCUGCAAUCAGUGCGGCUACUCCUACCUGAACGAGCUGGGCCUCCGCUCGCACUUGCGCAGGAUUCACCGCUUGGACAAAGUCGAGGUGAGACCUUGCCGCUACAGUACUACCACUAUGCCGAUGUACCUGCGCAGACAGCAAGUACACGUCAUACAUGACGCACUUGCGUGUGAAGCACCCUUCAGACCACAUCUGCAAUCAGUGCGGCUACUCCUACCUGAACGAGCUGGGCCUCCGCUCGCACUUGCGCAGGAUUCACCGCUUGGACAAAGUCGAGACAGCAAGUACACGUCAUACAUGACGCACUUGCGUGUGAAGCACCCUUCAGACCACAUCUGCAAUCAGUGCGGCUACUCCUACCUGAACGAGCUGGGCCUCCGCUCGCACUUGCGCAGGAUUCACCGCUUGGACAAAGUCGAGACAGCAAGUACACGUCAUACAUGA